GUACAAAAAAUCGAAUAGAAGAUGCAAGAACAAAUGCAGGAUAUGUCUAUUGAGGACCGAACAAACGGGCCGUUACCUCUAGAUAAACUAGAAGGAGCAGGAAUCAAUGCUAGUGAUAUAAAGAAGCUUCAGGAAGGAGGAUAUUACACAGUUGAAUCAGUAGCAAUGACCACGAUGAAGAAAUUAAUAGAAGUGAAGGGAAUUAGUGAAGCAAAAGCUAUCAAGAUUCAACAAGCUGCUACCAAGUUGGUUCCUAUGGGUUUUACAUCUGCGACAGAAUAUAGUAAAGUGCGAGAAGACAUAAUUCACAUUUCUACAGGUUGUAAAGAAUUGGAUGCAAUUCUUGGCGGAGGAAUGGAAACAGGUUCGUUGACCGAACUGUAUGGAGAGUUUCGAACAGGCAAAACGCAGCUCUGUCACACACUUUGUGUAAUCUGUCAACUUCCUGUGGAACAAGGCGGAGGCGAAGGAAAGGCGCUCUAUAUCGAUACAGAAGGCACAUUCCGACCGGAACGACUUGCCCAAAUCAGUCAACGUUUUGGUCUAGAUCCAAACGAUGUGAUGGAUAAUGUGGCUUAUGCCCGAGCAUACAACAGUGAGCAUCAAAUGCAAUUAUUGAUGCAAGCGGGAGCACUGAUGUCGGAGAGUCGAUUUGCUUUGGUGAUAGUGGAUUCAGCAACAGCCUUGUUUCGUACGGAUUAUACAGGCAGAGGCGAAUUAUCAACACGUCAACAAAACUUGGCUCAAUUUCUUCGUGGUUUACAAAAACUGGCAGAUGAAUUUGGAGUAGCGGUGGUAGUAACAAAUCAAGUGGUGGCGAAUCCGGAUACUGGAGUGUUCGCGAAGGAUCCAUUGAAGCCGAUCGGAGGAAACAUAAUGGCUCAUGCGAGUACAACGAGAUUGCGAUUGAAGAAAGGGCGUGGAACAACCCGAAUUUGUAAAGUGGUGGAUUCUCCCUGUUUACCUGAAGGAGAAGCUUCAUUUGGAAUCAGUGAACAAGGAGUGGUGGAGGCCACGGAAUAAGAUGAUAAAUGUACAGUAUAACUUAGGUGUUUGAUGAUGUUGCGAAUGGUCAGUAGCUUUAUUCAUAUUUGUUUUUUCGAAAUAAGCUUAGCGAGACAGUUUUCAUCUCCAUUAUUGUGAGGAGAUCUUGAGAUGUGUCUUUCAAAAUGAUUAUUACUUGAUAAGACUUGUCGCUCUCUCUAUUCAGUUCUCUCUCAACAAACACUCAAAAACAUUUGGCGGGCGAUUUUAAAGUACCAGGGCAUUUUGAAUGCAAACAAUAAAGUGAUUAGCACAACCGCUCCUGCACAGAAAGCCAGAUCGAUCAUAAUCUCAUCCGAAACUUCCUCCUCCUCCUUCGAUGUAUCAAUAUUUAGCAGCUUCAGCAAAUGUGAUUCCGUCACAAAAACUA